CGAUCUUAUGUAUGCUCUAUUUGCUCAUUUGCGUUUGUUCGCAAACAUGAUCUCCAACGCCAUUCGCGUGUUCAUACCGGUGUCAAACCCUACUCCUGUCCUAGCUGCCAGAAAGCCUUUGCUCGCACCGAUGCUUUAAAAAGACAUUUACGA